CGGCGGCGCCCCCUCCUCCUCCUCCUCCGCCGCCAGCGCCGCGGGCUCCUCGGACAUGGCCGCGGCGGUGGCGGUGGCGGCCGCGUCCCGGCGGCAGUCGUGCUACCUGUGUGACCUGCCCCGCAUGCCCUGGGCCAUGAUCUGGGACUUCACCGAGCCCGUGUGCCGCGGCUGCGUCAACUACGAGGGCGCCGACCGCGUCGAGUUCGUCAUCGAGACGGCGCGGCAGCUCAAGCGGGCGCACGGCUGCUUCCCGGAGGGCCGCUCCCCGCCCGGCGCCGCGGGCCCGGCCGCCGCCAAGCCGCCGCCGCUCUCGGCCAAGGACCUUCUCCUGCAGCAGCAGCAGCAGCUCGGCCACGGCGGCCCUGAGGCGGCCCCGCGCGCGCCGCAGGCCCUGGAGCGCUACCCGCUGGCGGCCGCCGCCGAGCGGCCCCCGCGCCUCGGCUCCGACUUCGGCGGCAGCCGCCCGGGCACGGGCCUGGCCCAGCCGCCGACGCCGCAGCCGCCGCCCGUGAACGGCAUCCUGGUGCCCAACGGCUUCUCCAAGCUGGAGGAGCCGCCCGAGCUGAACCGCCAGAGCCCGAACCCGCGGCGCGGCCACGCCGUGCCGCCUACCCUGGUGCCGCUCAUGAACGGCUCGGCCACGCCGCUGCCCGCCGCGCUGGGGCUCAGCGGCCGCGCCGCCGCCUCGCUGGCCGCCGUGUCGGGCGCCGCGGCCGCCGGCCUGGGCUCGGCACCGCCCGCCGACCUGGGCGCCCACAAGCGGCCGGCGUCCGUGUCGAGCAGCGCGGCCGCGGAGCACGAGCCGCGCGAGGCGGCGGCCAAGGAGAAGCCGCCGCCGCCGCCACCCUCGCACCGCGGCCCGGCCGACAGCCUGUCUAGCGCGCCCGGGGCCGCCGAGCUGGGCCCCGAGGGCGCCGGCAAAGGCCGCGGGCCCGGAGAGCAGGACUGGGUCAACAGGCCCAAGACCGUGCGCGACACGCUGCUGGCGCUGCACCAGCACGGCCACUCGGGGCCCUUCGAGAGCAAGUUUAAGAAGGAGCCGGCCCUGACUGCAGGCAGGUUGUUGGGUUUCGAGGCCAACGGGGCCAACGGGUCUAAAGCAGUUGCAAGAACAGCAAGGAAAAGGAAGCCUUCUCCAGAACCAGAAGGUGAAGUUGGGCCUCCCAAGAUCAAUGGAGAGGCACAGCCCUGGCUGUCCACGUCCACAGAAGGGCUCAAGAUCCCCAUUACUCCUACAUCCUCUUUUGUGUCUCCACCACCACCCACUGCCUCACCUCAUUCCAACCGGACCACACCGCCUGAAGCGGCACAGAAUGGCCAGUCCCCCAUGGCAGCCCUGAUCUUAGUAGCAGACAAUGCAGGGGGCAGUCAUGCCUCGAAAGAUGCCAACCAGGUUCACUCCACUACCAGGAGGAAUAGCAGCAGUCCACCCUCUCCGUCCUCUAUGAACCAAAGAAGGCUAGGCCCCAGAGAGGUGGGGAGCCAGGGGGCAGGCAGCACCGGAGGACUGGAGCCAGUGCACCCCGCCAGCCUCCCGGACUCCUCUCUGGCAGCCAGUGCCCCCCUGUGCUGCACCCUCUGCCACGAGCGGCUUGAGGACACCCACUUUGUGCAGUGCCCGUCCGUCCCUUCGCACAAGUUCUGCUUCCCUUGCUCCAGACAAAGCAUCAAACAGCAGGGAGCUAGUGGAGAGGUCUAUUGUCCCAGUGGGGAAAAAUGCCCUCUUGUGGGCUCCAAUGUCCCCUGGGCCUUUAUGCAAGGGGAAAUUGCAACCAUCCUUGCUGGAGAUGUGAAAGUGAAAAAAGAGAGAGACUCGUGACUUUCCGGUUUCAGAAAAACCCAAUGAUUACCCUUAACUAAAACUGCUUGAAUUGUAUAUAUAUCUCCAUAUAUAUAUAUAUCCAAGACAAGGGAAAUGUAGACUUCAUAAACAUGGCUGUAUAAUUUUGAUUUUUUUGAAUACAUUGUGUUUAUAUUUUUUUUGACGACAAAAGGUAUGUACUUAUAAAGGCAUUUUCUUCUUUUGUUAACGUUAUUAGCAUAUCUUUGUGCUUUAUUAUCCUGGUGACAGUUAACGUUCAAUGUAGGCUGUGACUUGCGCUGCUUUUUUAGAGCACUUGGCAAAUCAGAAAUGCUUCUAGCUGUAUUUGUAUGCACUUAUUUUAAAAAGAAAAAAAAAAGCCAAAUACAUUUUCUGACAUUGUAAGAUUGCCUUACUGUCUGUUAUUCCUUAUUCUGGCCCCUUUCUCAGGCUGGAGGCCAGUUGGUGGAGAAGGAAAGGAAAUGAGUGAAAGGGGCACUGUUGUGAAGUGGGCAUGCCACUGGGAAAAAUCACCAAGUUUACCCCAAAACAUUGUCAUUUUAGAGUAAUAGGAAAAUAGAUUUUGACUCUUUCUCUGUUUUCUUCUUAAAGUUCAGUUGUUGGGAUAUUGAUGACUGCCUGAGAGUUGCUGCUGAGAGAUUUUGAGGACUGUGUGGUUUUGGGGUGGGGGUGGGGGGGAUUUUUCUUUUUUAAGGCAAAGUUGACCACUGUUCACUGCCCACGUGAUCAGUUGUAAGAUUACAAUGCUGCAUGCUAGUUGGUUACAUAAUAACACAAUUCAGUGACGGAAGGCGGUGACAAUGGAUGGUGGUGUGUACAAGAUGGCACUGCCAUCUUUGAACAGAGCCUGGCUCUGCAGCGCCACUUCAUCUUUUUAAACACCCUAGAGCUCUGUUUGUUGUUGCUGUUGUCAUUUCCUUUGAAAAGAGUCUCAAGAGAAGUUACAGUCCAGGUGAACUUGGAGAUUGUGGGAUUGGUUUCGUUUCUGUUUUGUGUUUUGUUUUGUUUUUUAUCAUUUACCUGCAGUGCUAUUGCUGUUGAUACUAUCACCUACACCCGUUUCUAGUGAGUGCUAAAUACAGUAUGGUACAAUGACAGUAACAGCGCCUGGUGCUGCCAGGACUGCCCGUGGGCAUAUCAGUGACAGCCCGAAUGGGGGUGGAGGAAACCUGUAAUUUCCUUCUUAGAUGUGUUUGAAAUACCAAGUGAAUAAUACUGUUCUUCUGGAAAAAAAUGAUAAACUAGUGAAAAUUAAAAGAGUUUUACGUAAUAGACAGGCCCCACCUCUCAAACUAUUUUUAGGAGACUUUUGUAAACUAAUUUCUUUUGAUCACUAUUUUGCAUCAGUAAAGUGAUUUUUUUUAACCAAUAAAUCAUCAGUUAUUAGAAAUA